UUACUUUGACCUCGUGACCCCGACCUAGAUCGUAGCAAACAUGGCAGCAAGCACUGUUCAUGUGGCUGCUGCAGAUUCUGCCAAUACAGUCGCUGAAAUAUUCAAAAAGAUGUCGUAUGGACCUGCACCUGAAUCCGACAACGUUGUAAAGGCUUGGUUGGAUGACCAUGACAAAGCUUUUGGCCUUUUCAUUGAUGGAAAAUGGGUAAAACCAGAGGGCAGAAAGACAUAUGCUACAAAAAACCCAGCUACAGGAGAAGUCCUGGCAACCACCAUACAGGCUGAAAAACAGGAUGUUGACUUGGCUGUUCAAUCGUCUAAGAAAGCUUACGCAUCAUGGAGCAAACUGAGCCCCCAUGUUAGGGCUAGAUACAUGUACAGUAUUGCUCGUCACAUCCAGAAACACAUGCGUCUGAUGAGUGUCCUGGAGGCUAUGGACAAUGGGAAGACUUUCCGUGAGACGAAGGAUGCUGACGUCCCCAUUGUGGUCCGUCACUUCUAUCACUAUGCUGGCUGGGCUCAACUGGCCGACACUGAAAUGAAGAACUGGAAGUCUGUUGGUGUGGUUGGGGCUAUUGUACCAUGGAACUUUCCACUGAUGUUGUUGACGUGGAAGAUCGCCCCAGCACUGGCCAUGGGAAACACUGUAGUCCUUAAACCUGCUACCUACACCCGCCUGUCUGCUCUCUUAUUGGCCGAGAUCUGUGCUGAGGCUGGACUGCCACCUGGUGUCUUUAAUGUUAUCACAGGAAGUGGAGCUAUGGGGAGCCAACUUGCAGAUCAUGAGGAUGUGGACAAAGUGGCAUUUACAGGGUCCACAGGGGUUGGACAAACUCUGAGGCGCCUGGUGGCAGGGACAGGUAAGAAGCUGUCCCUGGAGCUUGGAGGGAAGUCCCCGGUGGUGGUGUUUGAGUCAGCUGACCUGGACAGUACAGUGGAAGGAGUAGUAGAUGCUAUCUGGUUUAACCAAGGACAGGUGUGUAGUGCUGGGUCCCGCCUACUUGUUCAGGAGUCUAUCCUUGAUAAAAUGGUUGCCAAACUAAAGGAACGCCUUACUCAUUUCCGUGUCGGAGAUUCUCUAGACAAGGGCAUGGACAUGGGAGCCAUUGUGGAUGAGUCACAGAGACGCUCCAUACAGGAGUUUGUAGACUCAGCUCGCAAGGAAGGAGCAGAGGUAUUCCAGAUAGAGUCAUCUGUUCCCACUAACGGGUGUUUCUACCCUCCGACAAUCAUCACCAAUGUGCAGACAGUCUCCAGGGUCGUUGUGGAAGAGAUCUUCGGGCCUGUACUGGUGGUGCUUCCAUUCAGGACAACCAAGGAGGCCAUUAACCUGGCCAACAACACAAUCUACGGUUUGGCAGGCAGUGUGUGGACAGAGAAUAUAUCACUUGCCAUGGAGGUGGCACUUAGUAUCAAGGCCGGCACUAUCUGGAUCAAUGGCCACAACCUGUUUGAUGCUGCUGCUGGGUUUGGGGGCUAUAGACAAAGUGGUUAUGGACGCGACGGUGGCAAGGAGGGUCUGUAUGAAUAUGCUCGACCCUCCUGGGAAGAUAGACCACGCCCUCCAAAAAUCAGCCUUGAUAUUAAAAAGUUUGGCCUGACUGUGGCCCAGCGACCUACCAUAGGAGAGGGCCAGCAGUCUAAUAUCAAAGUGGAUGGGGCCAACGUACCAGGAAUAGAUCGGACAUACAAGAUGUACUAUGGUGGUGCACAGAAACGACCUGAUGCUCCGUAUUCAAGGCCAGUGAUUGGUUCUGAUGGAAAGGUUGUAGGUCAUGUUGGAGAGGGUAACAGGAAGGAUGUGAGAAACGCGGUGGAGGCAGCUCAUGCAGCAUUCCCUGGUUGGGGUAAGAGGGCAGCACACAACAGAGCACAGAUUACCUACUUUAUGGCGGAGAACCUGGAGCUGAGGAGGGAUGAGGUGGCUACAAGGAUCAACCAGAUGACCGGACGUACCAUGGACGACUGUCGCAAUGAAGUUGACCUGUCUGUGAAACGUCUGUUCCACUGGGGCGCCUACUGUGAUAAGUAUGGCGGAACAGUACAGGAGACAACCCUUUAUGGUGCUACAGUAAAGGUGCAUGAACCUGUGGGUGUGAUUGGGAUCGCCUGUCCAGAAGACUACCCUCUGCUUGGUUUUGUGUCCUUAUUUGCCCCUGCUGUUGUCAGGGGUAACACAAUCAUCAUCAUCCCCAGUCAGAAGUAUCCCAUUUCUGCCCUCGAUCUCUACCAGGUAUUUGACACAUCAGAUCUGCCUGGUGGUGUGGUGAACAUACUGACUGGAGACAGAGACCACCUGUCCAAGUACCUAACCGAGCAUCAGGAUGUCCAGGCCAUGUGGUACUUUGGCAGUGCCGAAGGGGCAGCGUUCGUAGAAUACACAUCAGCCGAGAAUGUAAAGAGGACGUGGGUGAAUUAUGGGCUAGACCGGGACUGGAAGGACUCUGAACAAGGAGAGGGUGAAGAGUUCCUAUACCAUUCUGUGCAGUGUAAGAACAUCUGGAUUCCAAUGGGUGACACGUUCGCUAACUAGAGUGGACGAGAUGUGUGUGAAGAAAACAGAGAUAGAGAGGAAAAACGGUUCUUAUAUUCAUCCAAAGUGCUAGUCUUAUUAAUACGAAAGAUAAUUGUGUAGAGAAAAUAUGCAUGACUAAAAAACUUUGUAUUUUGUGUUCUGAAGAGUACCUCAUUGCAACAUCACUUGUGUAGAUAUAUGUAUGUCUGCCUUAAAACUAAUUGCAGUUUGGUGCAAAAGCAAAAUAAAAAAAUGUGAUUGUUCAUUGAUGUUAAUAUAGAAAAAGACGAGACAAAUGAUGAAGAGCUACAAGUUCUCCGGUUAGAUUUAUAUGUGGGUCUGCUGGUACCUUAAACAGUCACAUGGAUCAGCUCAUGUCAUUGCUUUGUUAUAAAACCUUAAAAGAGGUAUGCUGAAAUACUGGUAUUAAAGAACAAUGAUACCAGAUAACUUUAAUGAACUUAUGUGUUAAAGUGUUAAAAAUGAACUUAUGUGUUAAAGUGUUAAAAGGUUGCCCCGUAGCAACAGUCAUCAGAUGUUCCAAUCCAUUGUGUGUUCUGGGACUAACCCUUUGUCUUUAUAUUGUAUAUGACCUUAUAAGGACACAUAACUUAAACGCCUAAACAAUCAGUAGAAAAGGCAUGGUACGGUGUAUAUGGGCAAGGUAAAGCUGAUGGUGAGUCAUAGUGUCAAGGUCAAGCUUAUGGUGAGUCAUAGUGUGAAGGUCAAGUGUCAAAAGAAAUAGAAAAUGAAGCAUUAGAAUUGUUGCACCAUCUGAUUUUCGGUGUGGCUGCCAGAUUUUGAAACAAACAUUGACACAGUUUUCAUAUCCAUGAAAAUGUGUGCUUAUCUGUUAACUCUGGUAAAGAUAUGGUCAAAGAUCACCAAUAUGCAGGGCUUUGUUUCCUUAAAAGAAAUGUAAGUGAUAUCCAAACCAGCUAUCCUUAAUAUUCACUUUGUUCUGUACAUCAUUAUUUCUUGAUAACAUGAAUGCAUUUUCAAAGUUGUUGCCUUCAUAUUGCUUUGAAACAUGUUUAUUUUAUAUACUCAAGUAAGAACCUAUUUAAUCAAUCACUUUAAAAGAUGUUAGACAGAAUCUCAAGUAUAUAUAAUCUAUAAACCUUCACUUUAUGUUUUAUGUACUUUACAUACAUGUAUACAGAUUGAAUGCUAGUCAUCCUUUGUUAACAGGAAUACUCGAGGGUUUUUUCCAGCAGGAAUGCUCGAGGGUUUUUUCCAGCAGGAAUACUCGAGGGUUUUUUCCAGCAGGAAUACUCGAGGGUUUUUUCCACGCACAAAAUAAAAGAUUUGUUUGUUCUUAUUUUCUAAGAGUAAUUAGGUACAAUAUAUCUCUUACUUUAUAACGUUCUGUCCAUGUGAUAUAGACAAAGUACUUCUAGUGAUAUAGACAAAGUACUUCUAGUGGUUAAGAGUCAUGCAUACCUGGUAUGUCAUAAAAUGAUCAAAACUUUAAUAAGUUGAACAAUGUUUUUUAAAACUUUAUCAGAUUUAGCAAUACACAUGAAGUAUGAUGCAAAUUUGGUGCAUACAGGAUUUUGAAUAAAUGUUAUUUUUCGAGUUGAUUGAUAAUCCUAGAUAUCUACCCUGUUUUCUCAUUGCCCGUCUCAGAGACAAUCCUCAAAAUCCAGCUAACCUUUGUCAUUGCCCUGACCAAAUAUUGUUAUUGCAAUUGUUUGGAUCAAGAAGAAAUGUGCUAUCUUAUAUCAGCAGAAACACUUUCUUGUCCAGUUAACCCUUUCAACCCUAUGUAACUUUAAUAAACUCAAACACGCAUUGAUCUGGAUGAGUUCAUUAUGGCGUGUAGUGUGAAAGGGUGAAGAUAAUAAUGAUCAAUAGAUGAGUGAUACAGGACUCGUUGGACUAUUACUUCCUGGUUUUAAGUGCUAGUACACUAAGUGUAUUGUUAUACGCCCGACUUGGACGACGGGUAUUAUGGUAUGGGCUGUGUUGUCUCCCCGUCCAUGUAAUGCAUCUUGUAUGCUGUGAUAUCACAGGAAUGAUUCAGUAUAAUGUACUGGAUGUCAAUCAACAAAUUGUUAUCUGCUUAAAAAGUGUCCAUAAAUCUAAGGAAUAUUUGUUUACUGAAAAAUAAAAUACCAGAGCAAGACAUAAUUUAUGAACGGCCUUUAAUAAGUUUAUCUGAAAAUUAAUUUCGGGGUAAUGUUAUGACCCUACCACACAUAAAUUGUAUCUUACAAUGUCCCAUCUUUAAGUAUUACACUAAAGUUAAGUUUUCUUAUGUAUUAAAAUUUUAGCAGGUUUUAUUGUUUCUUUUUGUGUUAUUUGCACUGUAAUCCAUCCUGAAUCUUUUUAUUGUAUUCUUUUUAGUAUUAAAAUUGUAUUCCGACAAUUUAAAUUGUUGAAAUAAUCUUUCAUGUGUAGUAAUAAUUAUUUAUCUUAGAGGUUCCCUAUAUAUUACAUUCACUUGAUAAUGUUACCGAUAAUGUAUAUACGGGUGUCUACUUUUAACUAUUACUUUCAGUUUAAAGCUUGGAAGAAGGCCUUGAAGGUCAAAUUUCACCAGCUGUAUCAGUCCACAAAGUCUGACCCUGUUUACACUGUUCCUACAUAUCCUGGGUCUAUGCCUGUUAUUUGUACAUAAGUGGUUUGUAGAAUGUGCUAUAUAUGCAUUAUGAAUAAAGACAAUUAUUUUGUAUCAUUUUGUAAAUUGAUCAAAAUGUUUUAAAUAACAUUUAAUAGCUGUAAUUCAAACUUGUAAUUUCAUGAUAGUCAUGUUGAUAUGUUAAGGAGUUAUUUUGGGCAAAACUCGGGAGAAAAAUUAGGUUUCAGUUUGACAUUAUAGAAUAAUUGUAGCAGCAGCUGUUUACUUUAUCCAGUAUCCGAUACAUGUUUGGUCCAGAAAAGAAACUAGGUUGUUUUAAUGAGAAUUAUCUAAACAUUUAAAAAAAAAAGACAAAGACACUAAUAAUGAUAAGAAAAAAGCAAUCUGGAAUGCCAGUUUGAAUCAUGCCUUUGAGACAUUCAAGAUUGAACAUUAAAACCAAUUAUGUGAUUAUCCUGAACUUUGAGUGGAUUCAGUAAAUGUUUAUAUCCUUAGAAAUAUGAGUAAAGUUAUGUAACUUUGAUA